AGUUGACGUAAGAACAUAGUAAAAUAUUGAAAAACAGUGAUGUUUUCCUUUAAGCGGUUACUUGCCAUAUAAGUAAAUUAUUAAAAUUGUAAAAAUAUUUAAUUAGGUCAUUUGUACCAAAUUCAAGGAAAAAAGCCGGGUGACACAUUAAACAUCAGUAAAUAGCACUGGUCAAGAUGACUCACAGUAGGAUGUGCAGUCUGUUAUUAGUGUGAAUCCUUGUUAAUGUCCUAACAGACCAAUCAGAAUUAAGUAUUAAUACAGUUGAUAGUUCAUUUGUUCAGUUGGACAUCAUUUUAUCAUUUUACACCAUGACAACUUUAGCCACUAAAUGUCACAAUCCAUAUUCACAACCAAAUUUCAGUCAUCUUAUCUUGUGUACUGACAUGUUUAAGCAGAUAAUGUGCAUACAAAAACACAAACCCCUUACGACACGACAAACCGCAUGACACAUGUGACUAGCAAGAUUCAGAUAAUAAAGCCAAAUAAAUGACUACAGAGUUUGUAUUGUGUGCCUAUGAAUUGACCAACAUUUAUUAAAAAAAAACAUGUAGUAGACAGCAUCAUGACUGAAUAUUUACAUAUUUACAUUAAGAUUUGUGUCUGUCAUCGGCCCGAAAAGGUGAUGAUGAGUUAUAUGAUUAAAUAAUAACUUUUUUUCAUAUGGGGGCUGUACUUCCCCUGUUUGUCACCAUAAGUGUUAACAGGAAGUCUAUGGGGAAGUGGAUGUCAUUCUUUCUUUUCAUGCUCUGGUAAAUCCGGGGUGUUGGUUUUUAGUUUAAGAAAUUUUUUGCUAUUAUUUUUAAUUUUUUUAUUUUCUUUUUACAUUUAAAACAAGGUUAUUUUGUCAGCAAUUAUUCGUUUUUGUUGAUUUACCUCUAUUUUUUUUCGUUUCUCUAUUUUUUGUCCUUCUUGCUUUUGAUUUGUCAUUUAAACACUAAUUUGAUUUUAUAUUUCAUAUUUUUGAACCGUAACAUCGUUUUUUUGUCGUGCACGUGUCUGUCUGUCUCCUCAUGGUGUUGGUGGACAUGAUGUCUGACACCGUGUGAACUUGUUAUGAGAGAAGCUACAGUUCUUCAAUGAGGAAAUCUGGAACUUUAUACCCAUUAUUAAAACCAUUAUAUUUGAAGCAAUGAGUGGUGACAGCGUUCCAUCCAAAUCAGAAGUCCUGAGCUGGGAUUCACAUCGGUUAGCAGACUUUCUGAAGAAAAGAGGUCUAACUGGAUGUGAUAAGGUUGUCACUCGAUAUAACAUAAAUGGACAACGUUUCUUGAGUAUGUCAGAAAAUGACCACCAAAAGUUUCCAAAGCUUCAUGCACCGCUUGUCUCCAAAAUUUGUCAGGAAAUUAACAAAGAGAAGAAGAGAUUCUUUCCACCAAUGCCAACAAUAAAGACACAACCGGUUCCCAGCUUUCCGCAACAACCAGUUGAGAACACACAACAUGACAAUCAAGCAUGGGAUUCUGAGGAGUUUGAGAGUGAGGACGAUUAUGAGAAUCCUAAUUCAAAUAGUGAAGAUGAGGCUAGCGGUGGAGAUUAUGAGACCCCUGAAGAUGCAACAGACAGUGACAGCUACGAGCCCCCUCCAAGUGAACCUCCCGAUAACAGCCCACAUAUACUUCCUGCUAAAUCCAUGGAGAACAGCGAUUAUAUCGAUAAUAACCAUAGUCGUGCGAAGGGCAGGCCGCCUGUGCCUCCGCAGCGCCCUGGACCCGGUCUACCUCUUCCUCCUGUGGAGCGACCAAUUGUGAGUUCUUCAUAUUUUGAAACAGUUGGACAACAUCCAAGAGAAGAGCGGACACCGAAAAGACCCCCUGCACCUGCUGUGGACCGCAGAACCAAGCCUGGAGCACAGGACAGAGCCCAUCCUCCUCCUGUACCAGGUGGCAGUAGUUCACUGGACAGAGGUACCCAGCCACUAAGAAACAUUGCUGCUUCUCACAGACCUGCAGUAGAGAUUCCAGCAGAUCCAAUGAGAAUUCCCAAACCGUCACUCCCUCCAUCUGGAGUACGUAGGAGCGCCUCAUCCGUCACACCAGGCUAUACUCAAAACAGCAAACAACUUGAUCACAGAAACGAGUUUCAAGAUGACACUGCCAGGCAAACCUCCAACACAUUUCCAAUGCACGCCCGAAAUCCAUCACCAAGACCGCCAGGAACACACGGACAGCCUUUUCAAAGAGACAGUGUUAGUCCAAGUCGAUCGCUACCAGCAAAACUACAAGAGGCAAUGAGUGCUCAUCUGAAUAGUACAAGAGCAGCACCAGCACCACCGCCUCAGGCUGACAUGGGGGGCAAACAGGAUAUGGAUCCAUCUUGGUAUGUGGGACAAAUCAGCCGGGGUGAGGCGGAGAGAUGUCUGAGAAGAGUUAACAAGGAUGGGACCUUCCUGGUGCGAGACAGUUCAAAUCGCACCUCUAACCAGCCAUACACACUCGUGGUACUUUACCAGGAUAAAGUUUACAACAUUCAGAUCCGCAGAACCCACGAUGGCUUAAUGCUUGGCACUGGUCUAAAAUCCUCAGAGACUUUUGAGAGGGUGAUUGACAUUAUCAAUCAGCACAGACACAUGCCACUCCUUCUCAUUGAUGCCAAGAACCGAGUAUCAGGUCAACAGAACCAGUGUGCUCUGAUGUACCCAGCCGGAUAUUAAAUCUUUACCCAGGGAUCAUUUUUACAAGAUGGAAAAACAUGAUUGCAGCAAGAUCUCUUGAUGGAUAUUUGAUUCAUUGUUUUUUUUCUGAGUCAAACUGAUUGGGAUAACAUUUACACAAUAUCAUGGAAUUUCAAUGAAAACUAUUUCAUAUGUUUGAUACACACUGAAAAAUGCUAGGUCGUUUCAACUCAUGGUUGGGUCAGACAUGGACAAUUUCUAGGUUAAUUUAAUACAAACCCAGCAUUUUAAGUGUGUUUAUUAAUACUGUUUCACUAUUAUAUGUUUUCAUUAUAUCUCAUUAACCUCAGGGUAUUUUCCUCUUUUUUUUUGUUUUAACUGAUCUAUAAUUUUCUAUAUAAGUGACUUUUUGUUGCGUUGGUGCCACGUGAUCAUUAAAUCUGUAUGUAUAUUGACAAUGCAAUAAAGAUUAUAUUCUGUACAUUUAAUAGUGACCAAUGUAA